CGGCCAUGAUGGCGGAGGAGCUGAAGAAGGAACAGGACACGAGCGCCCACCUGGAGCGGAUGAAGAAGAACAUGGAGCAGACCAUCAAGGACCUGCAGCUACGGCUGGACGAGGCGGAGCAGCUGGCCCUCAAGGGUGGCAAGAAGCAGCUGCAGAAGCUGGAGGCUCGCGUGCGGGAGCUGGAGAACGAGCUGGAGGCAGAGCAGAAGCGCAACGCCGAGAACGUCAAAGGGCUGCGCAAGUCGGAGCGGCGCGUGAAGGAGCUCAGCUACCAGGUGGGGCGGCACAGCUGAGGGCAGAAGGGCAGAGGGGACACAG